AGGCGCCGGCGCCUCCGCGGAGCCCGCCCCGGCACAGUCGAGCGCGUCCGCGUCGAUCUUCAGCCCCACGGAGGAGCAUCAGGCCCUCAGGGAGAUGGUACGCUCGUUCACGGAGGCCGAGGUGGAGCCCCAGGCGAUCCAGUUCAACCGGGAGGAGCGGAUGAACCUUCCGCUGUUCCGGAAGCUGGGCGAGCUGGGGCUGCUGGGCGUCACGGUGCCCGAGGAGUACGGCGGCAGCGGUAUGGACGCGACGGCGGCCGUCGUCGUCCACGAGGAGCUCUCCGCCAGCGACCCGGCGUUCUGCCUGGCCUACCUGGCGCACAGCAUGCUGUUCGUCAACAACCUGGCGCAGAACGGCAGCGAGGCCCAGAAGCGGCGCUGGCUGCCGGCCGUCUGCGAGGGCUCCAAGGUCGGCGGCAUGUGCAUGUCCGAGCCGGGUGCUGGCACGGACGUGCUCGGCCUGAGCACCUCCGCCAAGAAGCAGGCGGACGGCUCCUACGUGUUGAACGGGGCGAAGAUGUGGAUCACGAACGGCACCCUCGACGGCGAGACCACGGGCGACUGCUACCUGGUCUACGCUCGCACGGGCGAGACUUCUCGUGACCUGUCGCUCUUCCUGGUGGAGAAGGGCACGCCUGGCUUCUCGCUCGGGCAGAAGAUCCACGACAAGUGCGGGAUGCGCGCGUCCAUGACCGCGGAGCUCGUCUUCCAGGAUUGCCGGGUCCCCGCCGAGAAUCUGGUCGGCAAGGAGGGCGGCGCGGUCUUGUGCAUGAUGAGGAACCUGGAGAUCGAGAGGGUGACCCUGGCCGCGAUGGGCCUCGGCAUCGCGCGGCGGAGCAUCGAGGAGAUGAACAGGUACGCCAAGGAUCGUAAGGCUUUCGGGCAGUCGCUCAACCACUUCGGGCAGAUACAGCGCUUCAUUGCCGAGUCGUACGCCGAGUACAUGGCAGGCCGCAGCUACGUGUACGAGACGGCGCGCCACCUCAAGCUCGACUCCACGGGCAACGGCCUAGACGCCGACGGCGUCAAGCUGUUCUGCGCCAACAUGUCGAAGAACGUCGCGGACAGGGCGAUGCAGGUCAUGGGCGGGUACGGGUACACUGGAGAGUACAACGUGGAGCGCCUGUGGCGCGACGCCAAGCUUCUGGAGAUAGGCGGCGGUACCAACGAGGCGCACCACAAGAACAUGGUCAGGGAUUUAUCGCGAAAUGUGACGGUGCUGCCGUGAUCCCAUGCUCUCCACCCGCUGUCUCGUUCCUUCUGCGGCAGGAU